CGGCCUGGCCCGGCACCGCUCUCCCGCCGGCUCCCCGCACGGCCGGCUGCGCGCCUCGCCUUAGGAAACCUCUGGUUUUUCUCCCCUUUUCACCGUUUCUUGCCGGUUUCCCCCCGCAGUGCCCGGCAGCAUGGGGCUGCCGGCGCUGGAGUUCAGCGAGUGCUGCCUGGACAGCCCGCAGUUCCGGGAGCGGCUGCGCUCCCACGAGGCCGAGCUGGACAAGACCAACAAGUUCAUCAAGGAGCUCAUCAAGGACGGGAAGUCGCUCGUCGCCGCCCUCAAAAAUCUGUCGGCUGCCAAGCGCAAGUUUGCGGAUUCCCUCAAUGAGUUCAAAUUCCGUUGCAUCGGCGACGCUGAAACGGAUGAUGAGAUCUGCAUAGCCAAGUCUCUGCAGGAGUUUGCCACGGUGCUGCGGAACCUGGAGGACGAGCGGAUGCGCAUGAUCGAGAAUGCUAGUGAGGUGCUGAUCACGCCGCUGGAGAAAUUCCGCAAGGAGCAGAUCGGGGCCGCCAAGGACGCCAAAAAGAAAUAUGACAAGGAGACUGAGAAGUAUUGUGGUGUCCUAGAAAAGCACUUGAACUUGUCUUCUAAGAAGAAGGAAUCCCAGCUUCAGGAGGCAGACAGCCAGGUGGACCAGGUUCGCCAGCAUUUCUACGAAGUCUCUCUAGAGUACGUCUUCAAGGUGCAAGAGGUCCAGGAGAGGAAGAUGUUUGAGUUUGUGGAACCUCUGCUGGCAUUUCUGCAGGGGCUUUUCACGUUCUACCACCACGGCUACGAGCUUGCGAAGGACUUCAGCGAUUUCAAGACAGAGCUGACAAUCAGCAUCCAGAACACAAGAAACCGUUUUGAAGGAACAAGAUCAGAGGUUGAAGCUUUGAUGAAGAAGAUGAAGGAGAAUCCUCACGAGCACAAAAACAUCAGCCCUUACACGAUGGAGGGUUAUCUCUACGUGCAGGAGAAGCGUCACUUUGGGACUUCCUGGGUGAAGCAUUACUGCACGUACCAGAGGGAAUCGAAGCGGAUCACGAUGGUGCCAUUUGACCAGAAAUCAGGAGGAAAAGGGGGAGAAGACGAAGCCGUUACCCUGAAAUCCUGCACACGGCGGAAAACAGACUCGAUCGAGAAGAGGUUUUGCUUCGAUGUGGAAGCUGUGGAUCGGCCGGGCGUCAUCACCAUGCAGGCACUUUCGGAAGAAGACCGGAGGCUGUGGAUGGAGGCAAUGGAUGGCCGGGAACCGGUGUACAACUCGAACAAGGACAAUCAGAGUGAAGGCACUGCCCAGCUGGACAGUAUCGGCUUCAGCAUCAUCAAGAAGUGCAUCCACGCUGUGGAAACAAGAGGGAUCAAUGAGCAGGGUCUCUACCGGAUUGUUGGAGUAAACUCCAGAGUUCAAAAGCUGCUCAGUAUAUUAAUGGAUCCCAAAACAGCCACAGAGACAGACACAGAGAUCUGUGCAGAGUGGGAGAUCAAGACCAUUACUAGUGCACUGAAAACAUACCUGAGAAUGCUCCCAGGGCCCCUCAUGAUGUACCAGUUUCAAAGGAGCUUCAUCAAAGCAGCGAAACUGGAGAAUCAGGAAUCCAGAGUGUCAGAGAUCCACAACCUCGUUCAUCGACUGCCAGAGAAAAACAGGCAGAUGCUGCAGUUGCUCAUGAACCACUUGGCAAAAGUUGCAGAUAAUCACAAGCAGAACCUGAUGACUGUUGCUAAUCUGGGUGUGGUGUUUGGGCCGACGCUGCUUCGACCUCAAGAGGAAACAGUCGCUGCCAUUAUGGACAUCAAAUUCCAGAACAUCGUGAUUGAGAUUUUAAUAGAAAACCACGAGAAGAUAUUUAACACCGCGCCAGAGACUCCGGCAUCAAACUCACAGCUGCUGUUAUCCCGCAAGAAGAGCACGGACUCGAAGCCUCCCUCCUGCAGCGAGCGGCCGCUGACGCUCUUCCACACGCCCCAGCCCAACGAGAAGCAGGAGAACAGGAACAGUAUCAUCAACUCCAGCCUGGAAUCCGUCAUCUCUUCAAAUGUAAACAGCUUCCUCAACUCCAACAGCGCUCCCCAGCCCAGCCUGAACUCGAGUGAUCUUGAACUAGAAGUAAUUAAGCCCAACAGGCCAAAUUCCCUGAAGAGCCCCUCGCAAAGCCCUCCCGAGUAAGAAGAAGGAAAAAAAAAGGUCCAGAUGACAUUUGCUGCCUGCAGGCAGCAGCCAGCACUUCCCCCCAGCCUCUCACCACCUCUGCUCUUUCCAUGAGAAACAAAGGAAAUUGGAUCCUACAAGAAAACUGUUUUCCAAAAUGUCAGAGACAUUGGGAUAGUCCGUUUGAUCACGUGCACUGACAUCUCCAGCGAGACAGGACUCAGGUCUUGCACUUACAUAAACUCAGAAGGGAGAUACUCAAGCAGCAUCUUGAAAAUAAAUACCUGUAUUUCAUGGAAGGGAGAUGAACCCUUUGUGUGCAUCAUACCCUGAGGUCUGUAAGUGCUGGGGUGCAGCUCAGGUGGGUCCUGAGGUAUCCAUGGGUUCUUCUUGAGGAAAUGUGCUGGAAGGACUUGCAGAGCUGCACAGGAGCAGCUUGGCCGUUGUAAGACCAUGUUCAUCUCUUCAGCGAGCAACCUGAUGGGAACAGAGUGGUCUGCACACCAAUUAGUUAACAGUUCUCUCUGCUGGUGUGGUGGGCAUGGAGAGUGUUUUCUUUGCCACCAAGGAUCCAAAGACACCAAAAUCCCACUCCAAAUCAUUGAUAACUUCUUAGGCAGAGGCUGGCCUGAGUGCCAGUGCUUGCUGUUGGGCUUUUUUACCCACCACUGCAGAGAUAAGUGAGAACCCUGCUGACUGCAUUCCCCGCUGCCAUGAGUGUAGCGGGUGCGCAGUUGUGGAGCGAUGACAGAGCGACUUUAGGGGAAGCGAGAGCUGCAUUCUUUUGACAUGAUUUCAUCUCAGAGAGUGCAUUGGGAAUGUCUAGUCCCAGAGCCCUGUGCAGUUGGAUUUUCCUUCUGUCAUGCAGUGAGGAGGACCAGGGUCAGUGGUGGAGGUGGUGGCUGUCCCGUCGCUGGCACACCCAGUGGGAUGUCACGGUGCCCAUCCCACACUGGCACACUCAGUGAGAUGUCCUCUUGCACCCCAGGCCCUCUGCCUGCAGCCACGGUGGGUGUAGUGGCAGGAGGGCUGGUGGGUGUUGGUGGCCACUCUCAGUGGGUCAGGCCCAGCCACAUUUUGGUCACCAGCUCAUCACCCCUCUAAGUUCCACCUUGGCCAGGCUCCUCUUGGAGAAGGGAGUUAUUGUGCCAUCUGUUCACAAGAUCUGGUGCUUGAAGGGUUCAUUUUGGCAAUUUGGGAUGACUUGGUGGUCUUGGUAGCACGUCCUUCUCUUUGGAGGUGGGAGUAGAUUGAGUGUCGGGUAAGUACCAAUGGCUGUCAGGUUUGCUGAAGAUCAAGGAAAACAGGUAAUUACUCAUUUUUCAAAAGACAGUUUUAUUGAUUAAAAAUGCAAAAAGAUUGUUCUUAAAUAAUGAUUAUUAUUAGCAGAACAUUUUGAGGAUCUCUGGUUAUAGCCUGCCUGUGAGCAUUCCCUGUUUUCCAGCCUCUGGUUCUGCACUGUCAUAUCCCGUUUCUAUACACGUGUAAUCCUCUGACAUAAUAAAGGUGUUGCCUGUAAUUCUAGAGGGAAUUCAUCAGUGUCUGUUGAAUCCAGUGACACAGCUCCUGUGAGGAGUAAAGCCAAGAGUUUGGCCUUAAGCAGGGGUAGUCCAAUUUCCAGGGGGAAAGUGUCUGUGUCAUGAAUAUCCCUGUGUGGUGGCAGCCAGAGGACACUACAGAAGGUUAAAUUGUUGGUCUGAACUGCUCCUGCAGGGCUGAGGUUCUCCCACAUGUUCUGGAGCCCCCAUUCCCUGUAUCCCUUCCCUCUCCCCUGGGAGGCCCCAGCUCAGGGACAGGGAUGAGGGCAUCCUGGGGGGUGCCAGUGGGUCGUGCCUACCUCAUCACAGGCCUGCGUGAUCAGAGGUACCAUCCCUCUCUCCAGGAAAAAAACAUAAACCAUGAUCCUUUCACAAAACUUCUUGCUUUUACAGAAGCAUUUGCAUGGGGAGAGGAUUUUCUGAUCAUGGAUUUUUUAUCAUGGAUGGAGUUUAUAAUCUGAAUUGGACAGGGAAUACCAAUGAGUUCCUAAACAUAGAAACAGUAGAUGAAUCAGAGUCAAAUUGGUAUUUUAGUACAAUUGUUUUUCAGUGAACCCGAGAAUGACCUGAAUCGAACAGUUUUGAAGGAACCAAACACUUCUGCAUGCAUUUACCAGUUCAGUAAAUUGAUUCAGCUUCAGUUGACAGCUGUGUCUUGAAAGUGAAGAAUCAGAGCUGUUUGCAUGAGGGGAAAAAAAGAGUUGUACCAUGUAAAACACUGAAAACAGAAUCAAUGACAUUUUUAUAGCACCGACUGCAUGAGCACUGCAACGAGUGACAUACAGAGGGGGUGGAGACUGGUCACAGAAAUAAUGUCCAGAAAUACCAGCAGCUAUUUCUGGCAGCACUGGGGAAAAUACAAGGCAGGUAAGUGGCUGGGCUGCCAGCAGUGAGACCCCUCCUCAGCAGAGGGGAUGAUGGAGCAGGGGUUAAUUGGAAGAUCCAGCUCUUGUUGUCCAGAGAAAUGCAGAUCCGGCCUUGAAACACUUCCCAAGGUCUUGGCACUUCAUUUCGUAGCUGUGUCUCAUGCUCUGAAUAUUCCCAAGGCACUUGCUAUCGUCGGCUGUCGUCUCUCUGUCUCUCGGUUGCUGUUUGUUGCUGUGGUUGCACGUUGAUAAGGUCUCUGGUUAUGUC